GCCCCUGCUACGACGGCUACGACUACUGGCGCCAAUGGCGCGUCCACUGCGAACGCGAACGCCAAUGCGAAUGCGAACGGCGGCAACAGCCCCUACUCGACCAAGACGGUCUCCGUCACGAACGGAGACGGCACGUCGAACACGGCGUCCGUGUCGAACGGAAAUGGUGCCGCCGCGACGGGUGGUGCAUCAGCGAGUGCUACGGCCAGCGCCAGUGCGAGUGCGUCUGCUCGGGUCACGGCUGGAGUGGGGGCCACGUCGUCUCAGAAGACGUACUGCCAGCUUCGCUCGGUGGAAUGA